AAACUGCCAAGCUUCGAAACUUGCUACUAAAACUGAGAGAGCUCUUAUAGGCUGAAAAAUGUCCGAACAGACGUCUACUUUCGUUCCUGAGACUCGAGGAACUUGCGACCAUUUGAUUCUUUUGUAAAUUUUUCUCUCCCCAAAGCCGUUCACCAAUUUAACCAUGAAAACUUCGCAGUGUCUUUUCAACUCGGCGACUGCAAUCCGCAAGGUCUUUAUCAGCAAUGCCGCGUCAUUAGAGGCUCGAGGGCAGCUGCAGCGCCUGCUGCUGCCCAGCAUGGCCGUUCCCAUCCAGCGAACAUCGUUCUCGUCCUCCUCGCAGCGGCCCUUCUCCAGCAACCAGAUUGCGCGAGCCCGUUAUAACAAAAACCGCCCUGGGAAUGAGGGUGCUCCUGCCAACAAUGACCGCACAAUGCGCGACUAUGACAUUGUGUUCCCUUGGAUCCAGAUUCGGCAGGAAAACGGUAGCCUCACCGAGCCGCAGAGGACAAGUGCCAUCCUCAAGAGGCUUGAUAUGGGUCGGCAAAGCCUCGUUCUGCUCGCCACACCGAGGACAGACGCGUCGUCUAAAGGCCCAGAGUACCCAAUCUGCCGCAUCGUCGACCGCCAGGCCGAAUUGGCGGCGCAGGCCGAGAGAGACGCGCUCAAGAAGAAGAUGCCCAAGGUUGUGAGCAAAGAGCUGGAAAUCAACUGGGCGACGGCGCCCCAUGAUUUGCGCACCAAGAUGACGCAACUCAAGAAGUUUCUCAGUAAGGGGUACCAGGUCCGGGUUACCAUGAUGCACCCGAAGAAGAGAGACAAGAGGCGGGCAUCGUUGGACGAGGCGGGGGCGUUGUUAAAGACGGUCGAAUCUACAAUUGGGGAGGUUCCCGGGGCCAAGGAAACCAAACCAAGGGAAGGUUCUGUGGGAGAGACGCUCGUCUUGCUUGUGCAAGCGCCCACUGGGGGCGGCUCAGGUGCGCCAACAGAGACGGGAUCUCCGGAGGCUGUCUCGACAGACGCAAGUUCUACGAAACCUUGGCCAGAGCCGGUCCUGCUAGCAAAGAAACCGGAGAGUACCAAAGCAUAGUUAUAUGGAAAGAGCACACCCGUCGUACUGUGCCUUUUUUUUUCUCUGUAUAAUAAUGGCGACCAGGUCCGCGACCCGGUCACAGCUGUAUAAAUGGUUAUCCUCACCUUCACUUCUAAUCGGUGCGUGAUGAUGCUAAAUGAGAG